GUUUUAAGAAGCCUCCUUCUAUUUGUUUGUGAGAGCAAACUAAAUUCUGAUUUGCACGCGAUAGAUAGACCCGUUGACUUUAAGAAGGAAGUGUUUCAGUAAUGUGUUUCAGACACCGUGCAAACUUGUUCUUUGUUCUGUUCAUACUUUGUCGUUAUGUGUUGGACGUUGGUAUUGCCAUAGACAGCAUCACAUCAUCGCAAUCCAUGAAGGACCCUGAUACUCUAAGUUCCAAAGAUGGCAACUUCACGUUGGGAUUCUUCACCCCUCAAAACUCCACAAAACGCUACGUUGGAAUUUGGUGGAAGUCUGAGUCUACAGUCAUAUGGGUUGCUAACAGAGACCAACCACUGAAUGAUUCUUCUGGAGUUGUUACAAUUUCUGAAGAUAGCAAUCUUGUGGUGCUGAAUGGACAGAAACAAGUUAUUUGGUCAACGAAUGUGUCCAACAUAACAUCCAACGCAAGUUCCCAGUUUUCAGACUCUGGUAAGCUCGUUCUCACAGAAACCACAAGGGGAACCAUCUUAUGGGAUAGUUUUCAGCAACCUUCAAAUUCAUUAUUGCCAAGCAUGAAACUUUCACUCAAUAUAAGAAUAGGUGAGAAAGUAGAACUUACAUCAUGGAAAAGCCCUUCUAAUCCCUCCGUUGGAAGCUUCUCUCUUAGUCUCGUUCAACGCAUAAAUAUAAUUGAAGUGUUCAUUUGGAAUGAAACUCGACCAUUCUGGCGCAGUGGUCCAUGGAGUGGUGGGGUAUUUAAAGGGAUACCAACGAUGUCAACAUAUCUUGAUGGUUUCAAAGGUGGUGAUGAUGGAGAGGGGAAUGCAAAUAUCUAUUACACAGUGCCAACAGAUACAGAAUUUGUAGUCUAUAUAUUGAAUUCGCAAGGCCGAUUUGAACAAACAUGGUGGGAUGAUGAGAAGAAAGGAAUGGAAGUUACGUGGACCAGUCGAAAAUCCGAUUGUGAUGUUUAUGGUAUGUGUGGACCUUUUGCAAGUUGUAAUUCACAGAGGUCACCAAUAUGUAGCUGUUUGAAAGGGUUUGAACCAAGGAACAAAGAGGAGUGGAAUAGACAGAACUGGACUAGUGGAUGUGUUAGGAGAACACGUUUGAAGUGUGAAAGGGUCAAAGAUCAGAACACAAGUAUAGAUACAAAGGAAGAUGGGUUUCUGAAACUGCAGAUGAUUAAAGUUCCAGAUUUUGAAGAAGGGUCACCUGUUCCGCCAGACAUAUGCAAAAGCCAAUGCUUGGAUAAUUGCUCUUGUAUUGCUUACUCUCACGAUGAUGAGAUUGGUUGUAUGUCUUGGACAGAGAAUCUACUUGACAUACAACAAUUCUCAGAAGGAGGACUUGAGCUAUAUAUUCGUGUGGCCAACUCUGAACUUGAUAAAGGGACAAAUAGAACAAUGAUCAUUACAAUAACAGUGAUAAUAGGAACUGUCAUCCUUGUUACUUGUGCAUAUGUCAUGUGGAGGACUUCCAAUCACCCAGCUAAAAUAUGGCGAGCGAUCAAAUCAGCAAGGAAGAGGAACAACAAAGCUAUCCUACUAUCUAACAGUGGUGGUGAGACACCAGAACAACCAAGCCACAGCGUAAUUGAAGAACUGUCACAAGUUAAACUACAGGAGCUGUUACUAUUUGAUUUUGAAAGGGUUGCUACAGUCACAAACAACUUCCACCUGUCCAACAAACUUGGGCAGGGUGGUUUUGGUCCAGUGUACAAGGGUAAACUGCAAGAUGGACAGGAAAUAGCUGUUAAAAGACUUUCUAGAGCAUCUGGACAAGGUCUAGAAGAAUUCAUGAAUGAAGUAGUGGUGAUUUCCAAGCUUCAACACCGAAAUCUUGUAAGACUUUUUGGCUGCUGUGUUGAAGGUGAUGAAAAGAUGUUAAUAUAUGAAUACUUGCCAAACAAAAGUUUGGAUGUUUUUGUCUUUGAUCCGUCAAAAAGUAAACUCCUAGAUUGGAGUAAGCGUUGUAGCAUAAUAGAAGGAAUAGCUCGAGGAUUGCUCUAUCUUCACAGAGAUUCCAGACUAAGAAUCAUACACAGAGAUUUGAAGGCAAGUAAUAUCCUGUUAGAUGAAGAAAUGAAUCCAAAAAUUUCGGACUUUGGUAUGGCUAGAAUCUUUGGAGGGAGUGAAGAUGAAGCCAAUACUAAAAGAGUUGUAGGAACCUAUGGCUAUAUGUCUCCUGAAUAUGCAAUGCAAGGAAUGUUUUCAGAAAAAUCAGAUGUCUUUAGUUUUGGUGUUUUGAUACUAGAGAUUGUUAGUGGGAGAAGAAACUCAAGCUUUUAUGAUGAUGAGGGUGCUCUUAGUCUGUUAGGAUUUGCCUGGAUACAAUUGAAGGAAGGCAAUAUAUUAUCUAUAAUAGAUCAAGGAAUAUAUGAUCCAAGUCAUCAUAAAGAUAUUUUGAGGUGCAUACACAUAGGACUUCUUUGUGUACAAGAACAUGCUGCAGAACGGCCCACUAUGGCUUUAGUAAUUUCUAUGCUUAAUAGUGAAGUUGCGUUUCUUCCUCCUCCAAGUCAACCUGCAUUCAUCCGGAAGCAAAAUAUGUUGAAUUCGGUGUCAUCUGAAGAGCUUAAUAGAUUUUCCUCCGUCAAUACUAUUAGCACUACAACUAUCCAUGGUAGAUAAGAUAGCAAAUAAAGAACUCAACGAAAGGUAAAUCGACUUUAUCUUCACUCAACCUUUGUGUACAAAUGAAUAUAUACCGGUGUGAAAGAAAACAAUUUUAACAUAGGUCUCAUUUUUUAGACAGCCAAUAAUUAUGAGACACUCGUGAGGAACUUAUUCACAAGACAAAAGAAAAAUAAAUUGAAUUUUGAUUACUAAAAAAUACAAAAAUAAAUUUUAAGGGUCUUGGAAAGGUUUUUUGUCUUGUAGUGAGUGUCUAUAAAACAUUUUCCACUUAUGUUCAUUUGUAUGGAGUGAAUGUUAACAACACACUCUCUAAUCUCUUUCUAACGAAGACAAACUCAAGAUGGACAAUGAAGUGCAAGAUUUCUGAAUAUCAACACUUUUUACACUACAAGAAUGUUGCAAUUUAGAGUCGGCCAAGAGCCGACUCUAAAUCAUAAAAAUUGACAUAAUAUUAUCAGUUAUUCGUCGAUUUUUGGCUGACGCUAAAUAAGUCGACACAUUUUUUUUUGUGUCGGCUAAGCAGUCAAUAAAAAAUUUAUUUAUUUUAAUUUUGUAUUGU